AUGGACGUCGACACAGGAAAUGUGGGGGACAACAACCCGCAACCUUCUCCUCCCGAUAUAUCGAUUGAUCCCAACGAAAUCCCGUCCUUGAACAAUCCGAUUUAUUUCGCCUAA